CUUUCGAAAAUCCAAUCUUCGAACUGCCAUAUCUUUUGGUCCCUGCCGACACCCGACACCACCAUUCUUGUUGUUACGAAGUAGAAGUACUUCGUACUAUAUUUUGUGUCUGUGGGUGCCGGUUGUUGCCUUGGUGCCACCGAACAACGAUGACGAUCCACAAGCCAAGAAGGCCCGCUCGAAUCGUGCCGGCACCUUUCGCGGCCGUUGUCCUCCUCCUGGCUUGCGCCGCAUCGGGAGCGAGGCUUUCCCGUCCGAAGCACCAGAGCCCGCCGGAUCUUUUGCACGGCCUGAUCGAAGACGCGAGGAGGGACCGGAAGGCGGUCCGGGUGGUGGGCGUCCACGACGCCCUGUCCGCCCGCAUCGUACAGCAGCAGAGUGGCCUCCUUGCUUGCGGCGGACGCGUGGGCCUCUUUGUGAGCGGCUUUGGGGUUUCGGCCUCCCGGCUCGGCAGGCCGGACGCCUCGAUCCUCACGCGCUCCGAGAUCGAGGACGCGGCCCGGAACGUCGUCCGGGCGGUCUCGAACACGCACGCGACGGGCCUUCCCCCGCCCCCGGUCCUCGUGGACGGGGACACGGGCUUUGGCGGGGCCGCCAACGUGCGCGAGACGAUCCGCCGGACGGCCUCGAUCGGGGCGGCGGCGAUCACGAUCGAGGACCAGGUCUUCCCGAAGCGGUGCACCUACCUGGCCGGCUCAGGGAUCGGCGUCGUCUCGAGGGCCGAGGCGACCGACCGGAUCGGGGCGGCGCUGGCGGCCCGGGACGAGGCCCUGGAGGCCGACGGGAACCCCAUCUUUGUCGUGGCCCGGACCGACUGCCGCAUGGCCCUCGGCCUGGACGAGGCCAUCGAGCGGUGCCUGGCCUUCCAGGACAUGGGGGCGGACGUUGUGUACGCGGAGAACCUGCAGAGCGGGGAGGAGUACCUGGCCCUCCGGAGGGCGGUGACCGGCGGAAGCACUGCAUCGGAAGCGAGGGGAGUCGCCCCCAUGGUCCUGGCGCAGUUCCAGACGGGAGCCGAAAACCAGCGCCUGUAUUCGGCCGACGAGGUGGGUGCGAUGGGCUACGAGAUGGCGCUCUACGGCGUGGCGGGCCUGCAGGCGACGGUGUCCGCCCUGCGGUCGGCGGUGUCCGAGCUCCUCGGGGAGGGCAGCGGCGGGAUCGUAAGGUCCACGCCCCUGUCGGCCCUGGACGAGAUCAAGGAGGUGGUGGGGUUUUCCGACCUGGACGACUUUGAACGAAGGCACGGCUGCACGUGAAGACCGCCUUCGGUGCAAGCACGGACACAAGUGCUUUCCAUCGAAGAUAGAUUCGAGAUCCAUGGACUAUGAUACAGUAUAGAAUGCACUACAGUAAAAUUUUUGAGGCAUC